AUGCCAUCCCAGGGUAGUUUGUGUGCUACCCGCUGUAGUCCUAGGCUGCUCAGCCUGGCUGCGAGAGGAGGCAAAACUACAACCAAGAAAGCUGUCGUCACUUCUCGUAAAUGUGUCGGGAAUGUUCGGGCGCGCAAGAAGUCUCCGAAACGCAAGCUGGAUGGGUCGAAAAAAGCCCUUCCUCGUAAAGUGAGGAAGGCGCGUAAAGUGUCUCCAUCUGGUCCGCUUGAGGCAGCAUCAAGCACUGACAGACUAGUCGCUCCUAGUCUGGUGAUACGGAGGUCCAAGCGGUCUACUGCCUGUGAACCCAUUGAGGGGCGCAUCGUUGAGAUCUGCCCCACGAUGGGGGUAAUGAAACUGAGGAGCUGUGAAGCGCCAACCAGACGCAGUCGAAGGCUCAUCGGUACUGCGGGCCCAGAGGAGGGGAAUACUGCCUCUAGGCAACUCUACUUGGUGGGUGACAAGCGGUCGUUGGUCCAUGAAGUUGUCGUGGAUUACAGGAGGUGCCUUGGUUAUGGAUUGUUUAUGAAGGACUUCCCCUCGUGUGAGAUGAAGAUACUUUUUGAGCGCAGCUUUUUCCCUGGGAGCAGCAUGCAUGGCGCUACUUUAUGCGUGUUUGAGGAGGAGAAGGAGGAGGCGAGCAAGACACGACCGGUCGUCCUUGCUUCCUGUCUCUACCGUUAUGACUCGGUCACUAGAGAUGCAAUGAUUUUGCUCUUCGCCACUGCGGACGAACUCAAAUUUAAGAGAAGUCGUACUACGUUCUCAUGUCGAGGACAGGGCUUUGGUCGCCUCCUCGACCACAUGCUGUGCGUAUGGUUGAGGGAGCACCGGGAGUGUCGAUCUGUUUACGUUGAGAUGCUAGACGAGUCAGUGACGAAGUUUUGGGCUAAACUCGGGUACGACAGAUUGAGCAGUCGCAUUGACCUUAGUCAGACUACCCGAGGGUUCGAUGGGACGGAGUUGGCCCGCAAGAAGCUGGGCUCAUGA